CGCCAUUUCUUCUCAUCACAGUGCUCCAGCUUCUUCGAAAGAAGCCAAACUUGCCGGAGAUCUCACGCCGGCCAAAAAUGGCAUCGUCGGCGACGCACCUGCGUGCCGUUCUCCUGGCCGUCGCGCUGCUGGUGGCCUCGCCGGCGGCGGCGGCGGCGAGCGUCUGCGAGGGCGAGAAGUUCCCGGCGGGGAGGAGCUACGCGACGUGCGCCGACCUGCCGGCGCUCGGCGCGACGCUGCACUGGACCUACGACGGCAAGGCGUCGACGCUGUCGCUGGCGUUCGUGGCCAAGCCGCCGGCGAGCGGCGGCGGCGGGUGGGUGUCGUGGGCGAUCAACCCCACCGGCGACGGCAUGAAGGGCGCGCAGGCGCUCGUCGCCUUCAAGGGCGGCGCCGGCGCCGCCGCCUACGUCGUGAACACGUACAACGUCACCGGGUACAAGCCGUUCCCCGCCGCGUCAACGCCCAUCGCGUUCAACGCCACCGACCUCGCCGCCGACGAGAGCGCCGCCACCGGCAAGCUGCGGCUCUACGGCAAGCUGCAGCUGCCGCGCGGGAUGGAGACGGUGAACCACAUCUGGCAGGUCGGCUCCACGGUCACCGGCGGCGUGCCGAUGAAGCACGCGUUCGCGCAGGAGAACCUGGACGCCAAGGGCAGGCUCUCGCUCGCCGGCCAUGGCGCCGCCGUCGCGCAGGAGCCCGCGCCGGCGCCGGCGGCCGGAGGCCCGUCGUCCGCCGAGGCCGAGAACGCGGUGACGGCGGCGUCCCCCUCGCCGUCCGGCAAGAACGCGGCGGCGAACACGCACGCGCCGGCUCCGGCGGCGCUCGCCGCCGCCCUGGCAUUGGCGGGUUUCUUGGCGUUCGUAUGAUCUUACGAAGCUAGACGACGUAGCCCGUAGGAAGCAUUAGUUCUUGGUGAUUAAUUGUUUUUCUUCUCUUUUUUUUCUUUUGAUUUUUUUUUUGUAAUUUUGGUUUGAAAUAAGAAAAGAUCGUUAUGUUGUUUGAUCAUCAA